AUGGCCCAGCUUCCCCGGCUGUCUCACGAGAAAUACACUGUAGGAUGGGUAUGCGCACUCCCGGUCGAGCUGGCAGCGGCAGAGGAAAUGCUGGACGAAGUGCACGAAGACCAUGAGCGCGACGACAACGAUGAAAACAUAUACUCUCUAGGAUCGAUUGUUGGGCACAACGUCGCGAUUGUGUGUCUACCGGCAGGGCGUAUUGGCAAUAAUCCUGCGGCAGUCGUGGUGACACAGAUGAAGGCUACAUUCAAGGGAAUUCGAUUCGGGCUGAUGGUCGGCAUUGGUGGAGGGGUACCCAGUACGGCGGCAGACAUCCGCCUUGGGGAUGUGGUGGUCAGCCAACCUAAUAAGACGUUCGGCGGAGUAGUGCAGUACGACGCUGGUAAGGCGACGGCGAGCGGGUUCGAGCGGACGGGGUCGCUCAACGCGCCACCGCAGAUCCUCCUCAACGCGGUCACGAAGGUGCGAGCGAAUGAAUUCCUAGGUAAGAGUAGGAUGUUGGAGCACAUGAGCAAGCUGGAGCGUAAUAUACCCAAGUUCCAGCGCAGCAAGGCAGGACCCGACAUCUUGUUUGACGUGGGGUACGACCACGAGGGUGGGCAGACAUGGGAAGGAUGCAAGACAGAUCACCACAAAGUUCGGGAGGCACGCGACGAGGAGGUAGUGUCUCAUUACGGGACGAUCGCGUCAGGGAACCAGGUGAUAAAGAAUGCGGUGGAGCGAGACAAGAUUAGCGCAGAGCUCGGCGGGGUGCUCUGCUUUGAGAUGGAGGCGGCGGGCUUAAUGAACAGCUUCCCCUGCCUUGUUAUUCGUGGCAUCUGCGACUAUGCGGACUCGCAUAAGAAUAAAACAUGGCAGCCGUACGCGGCGGGAAUCGCGGCAGCGUAUGCAAAAGAUGUACUAUCCGCGAUCCCUCUAGCUGCCGUGGCGAAGACUCGGACAGCGGAAGAGGCGAUUCAGAGCGCACAGAAGAAGGCAAUCUACUCCAUUCCGUUCCUCCCUAACAAGUCCUUCGUUGGGCGAAAGACUGAGCUCGACAAGUUGACGCAGAAACUCAUAGUCAACAGAGUGUGCUACAAGAUGUCGAUUGCUGGACUAGGUGGCACGGGCAAGACACAGGUGGCACUCCAGUUGGCGUACAUGGUGAAAGAGCGCUGGUCCGAGGUGUCCAUUUUCUGGAUGCCUGCGCUGAGCAUGGAGACCUUUGAGCAGGCGUGCACUGAAGUAGUACGACUGCUUGGCGUACCUAACGUGGCCGAUGGCGAGGACGAUGUGAAAGAGCAGUUCAAGCGGUAUCUGGGCACGGCGCAGGCAGGGAAGUGGCUGUUGAUCGUUGACAACGCUGAUGAUGCAGACAUUGUUUUCGGCAGUGCUCAAUCGAAGGGCAUUGUCGACUACUUGCCACAGAACGAAGAGGGCGUGACCUUGUUCACCACACGCACGCUAGACGUAGCAGGGAAGCUGACAGGCAGUGAUAUGUUAGAACUUGGCGCGAUGAACCGACAAGACGCAACUGCCUUUUUGACCAAAUCGCUGAUCAGCAAGGAGCUCCUUAGCGAUAGUGUCGCUACGACAGACUUGUUGGACGAGCUGGUGUACCUGCCUUUGGCCAUCGCACAGGCAGCUGCUUAUCUUAACAGGAAUGGGGUAUCUAUCAGAGAGUACUUGCGGCUGCUACACAGUACAGAGCUAGACCUUGUUAAGCUCAUGAGCAGAGAGUUCCGUAAUGACGCCCAGUACAAAGGCACCGCAAACGCAGUAGCUACAACAUGGGUAGUAUCGUUUAGUCAGAUCCGUGCACGCGAUAAGGUAGCUGUGAAGCUGCUGUAUUUCAUGUCGUGCAUCGAGUGGAAAGCGAUACCGCGGUCUAUUCUGCCGAGAGCGCGGUCCAGGGUGCGGAUGGCAGACGCUAUUGGCACGCUCUGUGCAUACUCUUUUCUCAAAAAACGAGAGAAUGAAGACGAGUAUGACAUCCAUCGACUAGUACAUCUAGCGACCCGAAUUUGGGUCAGGCAGUACAGCGACACGAGAAGGGUGAUGGAGAAGGGUAUCAGACAUUUAGCCCGCAUCUUCCCCUCGGACGACUAUGCAAACCGGACAAAAUGGAGGGCAUAUCUGCCACAUGCGCUGCGGCUGCUCGAGAACAGCCAAGUCUCUUCGAUGCAAGACAAGUCGGAGCUGUGUCUCUUAGUAGGACACUGUCUGUAUGUUGACGGGAGGAUUCAAGAAGCAGUGAGAUGGUUUGGACAGUCGUGUGAACACAGGAAGACACUCAAAAAGCGCGAUCCGAAGCGACUAGCAUCGGAGCACGCGCUCGCAGAAGCAUAUCACGCCAAUGGACAGGUCAAGGAAGCAAUCAAGCUACUAGAACAUAUUGUGAGGAUAGAAGUAACCGCAGAAGACCAUCCUGAUCGGCUAGCGUCGCAGCAAACACUCGCAGGAGCGUACCUUACCAACGGACAGACUAAGAAAGCGAUUAGGCUGCUAGAACAUGUUGUAAGAACAGGAGUGCUAGCAGAAGACCAUCCUGAUCGACUAUCGUCGCAGCAUGAGCUCGCACGAGCAUACCAUAUCAAUGGACAGAUCAAGAAAGCAGUUGAGCUGCUGGAACACGUCGUCGGCAUAUGUACAGAAGUGCUCGCAAAAGACCAUCCUGAUCGACUAGGGUCGCAGCAUGAGCUUGCAGCAGCGUACAACACUAAUGGACAGGUCAAGGAGGCAGUCAAACUCCUAGAAUAUGUGGUUAGAAAAAAACAGAGGAUCUACAGAUCUGAUCAUCCCGAUCGGCUAUCGUCGCAGCAUGAGCUCGCACGAGCAUACCACGCCAAUGGACAGGUCAAGGAAGCCGUCAAGUUGCUGGAAUAUGUAGUUGGAAUGGAACGGGAAGUCCGUAGGCCUGAUCAUCCCGAUCGACUCCUAUCUGAGAGGGUCCUGAAAUCUUGGCAACUUGAGUUGCAUCCGACCUGA